AUGUCUGCAUCCCCUGCUGUCGCACCCGCCGAAGUCGCGCCCGAGUCUGCACCGGCCCCUGCGCCUGCUCCCGCGCCCGCUCCGGCAUACAACCCCCCUGCCCCCUCUUCCGUAGCCUCCGCUCCUUCGGCUUCUCUCUAUGUCGGCGAACUCGACCCCACCGUCACCGAGGCUAUGCUGUUUGAGAUCUUUAAUAUGAUUGGGCCGGUCGCCAGUAUCCGUGUCUGCCGUGACGCGGUCACUCGUCGUUCCUUGGGCUACGCGUAUGUCAACUAUUUGAAUGUCACCGACGGUGAGCGCGCCUUGGAGCAGCUUAACUACUCGCUCAUCAAAGGCCGCGCCUGCCGUAUCAUGUGGUCUCAGCGAGACCCCGCCCUCCGCAAGACCGGACAGGGCAACAUCUUCAUCAAGAAUCUCGAUGAACUGAUUGAUAACAAGGUGCGCACCGCUCAGAAGACUCCACCUCACGCUCUCCACGACACCUUCGCCGCUUUCGGCAACGUUUUGUCUUGCAAAGUCGCCACCGAUGAGCAAGGUCGCUCGCGCGGUUACGGAUAUGUCCACUAUGAGACUGCUGAGGCCGCCGAGUCUGCUAUCAAGGCUGUCAAUGGCAUGCUUCUCAACGAUAAGAAGGUUUACGUCGGGUACCACAUCUCUCGCAAGGAACGUCAAUCCAAGCUUGAGGAGAUGCGCGCUCAUUUCACCAACCUGUACGUGAAGAACCUCGACCUCGAGGUCACUCAGGAUCAGUUUGUCGAGCUUUUCUCUCAAUUCGGUGCCGUCACGUCUGCCGUCAUCCAGACUGAUGAGGAGGGCAAGAGCAAGGGCUUUGGUUUCGUUAACUUCGAAAACCACGAGCAGGCCGCCAAAGCUGUCGACACUCUUCACGACACCGACUUCAACGGCAAGAAACUCUUCGUCUCUCGUGCUCAGAAGAAAGCCGAACGCGAGGAGGAAUUGCGCAAGUCGUACGAAUCUGCAAAGAUGGAGAAACUCAGCAAGUACCAGGGCGUUAACCUUUACAUCAAGAACCUCGAGGACGACGUCGAUGAUGAGAAACUUCGCGCUGAAUUCGAGCCUUUCGGCACCAUCACGAGCUGCAAGGUCAUGCGCGACGACAAAGGCACUUCUAAGGGCUUCGGUUUCGUCUGCUUCUCCUCUCCCGACGAGGCUACCAAGGCCGUCGCCGAGAUGAACAACAAGAUGAUCGGUUCUAAGCCCCUCUACGUCUCCCUCGCUCAGAGGCGUGAGGUCCGCCGUCAGCAACUCGAAAGCCAGAUCGCCCAGCGCAACCAGAUUCGCAUGCAGCAGGCCGCCGCCGCCGGUCUUCCUGGUGGCUACAUUAACGGCCCCAUGUACUACCCCCCUGGUCCGGGUGCUUACCCUCCUCAAGCUGGUCGUGGAAUGAUGGGAUACGGUCAGCCUGGCAUGCUUCCUCCUCGUCCCCGAUAUGCGCCCAACCAACAAGUUCCAGGUAUGCCAGUCCCGUCGCCGUACGGUCAACCCCCUCAAGGUUACGGAGGAAUGCCCGGAUACCCUCGUGGUGGUCCUCGCCCGCCCGUCCGCGAUGGACCUCCUGGUCAGCCCGGUGCGCCUCGCGCGAACGGUGUGCCCCCCGUCAACGGUGCUGGGCCUCGUCCUGGUCCCCCUGGUGGUAUGCCCCCCAACCGUGGCCCCGCUGGUGCGCCUGCUCCUGGCGGUCGCCCUCAGGGUUACAAGGGAGCACCUCCCGCUCGCACAGGCCCCGCUGCCGCUGCUGCCCCAGAAGUUCCGGGUUUGAACACUAACGCCCUCUCGACGGCUUCCCCUAUGGAGCAGAAGCAGAUGCUCGGAGAGAUCAUCUACAUGAAGAUCGUCGCCGAACAACCUGAACUCGCCGGCAAGAUCACGGGUAUGUUGCUCGAGAUGGAGAACGCCGAGCUUAUCCACUUGUUGGAGACUCCUCAGGCGAUGGACGCGAAGGUCAACGAGGCGCUUGCCGUCUUGCACGAGUUCGCGGCCAAGGACGAGGCCGCUGCCGCUGCUGCUGCCGCCGCCGCCGCCGCUUGA